GUGACCUCACCUGAGCAGGUGAGCGCGGCGCUGGGCGUGGCCCAGAAGAAGUUUGGCCGCCUGGACCUGGCCGUGAACUGCGCCGGCAUCGGCAUCGCCGUCAAGACCUACAACAGCAAGAAGGACAAAGUGCACGACCUGGAGGACUUCCAGAGGGUCAUCAACGUGAACCUGGUGGGCACCUUCAACGUGAUCCGCCUGAGCGCGCAGCUCAUGAGCCACAACAAGCCGGACGCCGACGGCCACCGCGGCCUCGUGGUCAACACGGCCAGCGUGGCCGCCUUCGAGGGACAGGUCGGCCAAGCCGCCUACUCGGCCUCCAAGGGCGGCAUCGUGGGCAUGACCCUGCCCAUCGCCCGCGACCUGGCACCGCUGGGCAUCCGCGUGGUCACCAUCGCGCCAGGGCUGUUCUCCACCCCUCUCCUGGCCGGGCUCCCGGAGAAGGUCCGUCGCUUCCUGGGCCAGCAGGUGCCGUUCCCGUCGCGCCUCGGGGACCCGGCCGAGUUCGCGCACCUGGUGCAGGCCCUGGCCGAGAACCCCAUGGUCAACGGCGAGGUGGUGAGGCUGGACGGGGCCCUCAGGAUGCAGCCCUGAGCCCCGAAACCCGGGGAACCCCAAAAAUUCCUCAGGGGAACCCC